UCAUCCCAACGCUGGUCCAGUGCACUCUUGGCCCCCCUAACGUCCCACUAGUGUCCCACUGCUGUUCCCCACGUGUCCCCCUAGCGUCCCACUGCUGUCUCCCAAGUGACCUACCAGUGUCCUAGCACUAAUGUCCUAACAUACUAGUAGUAAACUCUGUGUAAAGUGCGUCAAAACACUCAAGGUGUUCCUCCACAGACAGGAUGAGUACCAGCAGGUUUGAUGACCUGCUCACACAGCUGGGCACCGGCAAGUGGAACGUUCUCUAUUUCCUCACCUCCUCCUAUUGGUGUUUGCUGGUCCCUCCGCAGUUUAUCAGUGGCGUGUAUCUGGCGCCGACACUCAACUACACCUGCCGCCCUCCGCUCGGCCAUGACCUUGAUGUAGCGCGAGACUCCUGCAGCUACACGGUCAACAGGUCGUCCUCGGGGGCGCUGGAGGAGGAGCCAUGCACCGAGUGGGACUUUGAUACAUCCGUCUUCUCCAACACCCUCACCUCUGAGUUCUCCCUAGUGUGUAGCCGGGAGCACCUGAGGGCCACCUACCAAGGUGUCUAUAUGCUCGGCACCUUCCUCAGCCCUCUCCUUGGAGGGUACCUGGCCGACAGGUACGGUCGGAGGGUGGUGGUGGUGACGACACAGGCGGUGACGGUGGCCACGUCGGUGGGUCUGUGCUUCCUGAGCAACCUCACUGCCAUCCUCGUCGUCAGGUUCUUCAUGGGCUCCGUCAACCUCCUGACCCUCUUCAUCUACGCUAUGGAGGUAUGCGAGCCCAAGCACCGAGGCACGGUGGGCAUCCUGACCGGCCUGCCCUGGGCACUGGGCACCAUGGCCUGGGGCGGCGUAGCUUACUUCAUACGUGACUGGAGGUACUUGCAAGCUGCUGUGUCUCUCCCCACCUUACUCAUCUUCAUUCCUCUAUACUUCAUGGACGAGUCCCCGCGCUGGCUGAUUGUCAACGGCCACCACGAGCGAGCCCUCGCUAUCCUGCAGAAGGCCGCCCGCUGGAACAACGCCACACUCCCGCCUGAAGAAGACCUACGAGCCCUCAUGAAGAUCAUACAGGAAGAGUCCUCGACGCCAAUAAAGGCAGCAGAGCCGAGCAAAGAGGCGAUGGAGGAGAGCAGGAAGCGGUGUUCCUGUUCUCCGUCUCUUCCGUCUCUCAUCAGCACCCGCGCCGUCACUCUGGUCACCGUAGUGGUGUGUCUGGACUUCUUUGCCGUCUCCUUGGUCUUUGACGGCCUUAACCUCAGCGGUGACAACUACAGUGCCGACCCCUUCCUCUACAUCAUUCUCGGGGGGCUGAUGGAGGUGCCCGGGUACUCGCUCACCGCCCCCAUCAUUGACCGCUGGGGCAGGAAGAUACCCACCGCUGUCAGCUACAUACUCUGUGGCCUCCUUCUCCUUCUCUUGGCUUUUAUACCUUCUGGUUCCGGGUCGUGGGUGGUGGUGAGCCUGGCCAUGGGGGGCAAGGUGUGCAUCAGUGGCGCCUACCAGAUCAUCUACGUCUACGCCUCCGAGCUCUUCCCUACCGAGGUCCGCCUUCAGGGCAUUGGGGCUGCCAGCGAAUUCGCGCAGUUGGCCUCCACCAUCCUGCCCUACAUCACCACCUACCUGGGUCCGCUGGUACCAUGGGUGCCGUCAGCCAUCUUCGCGGCGGUGGCGUUCAUUGCAGGGUUCUUAACCCUUGCGCUGCGCGAGACAGCAGGCAGGCCGCUCCCAGACACUAUCACCGACCUCGCCCACAUCUCCUCCAGCAGGACUAGAGAAAAGAGCAGUGAAGUCUCAGAAAUGGAGAAGAUGAACAUUGAAGUCUCAGAAACGGAGAAGACGAGCAGUACAGUCUUGGAAACGGAAAACAAGGUGUAAUACAAAUGUAUAUCAACAGCGAAGACGUCAGCUGUGUGAUGCGUUUAAUAGUAAUGAUGCCAUCAGUUUUCCACAGGUGUUUUAACUGCAGCACAAUGUUCCACAUGUGUUUUAACUGCAGCACAAUAUUCCACAUGUGUUUUAACUGCAGCACAAUGUUCCACAUGUGUUUUAACUGCAGCACAAUGUUCCACAUGCGUUUUAACUGCAGCACAAUGUUCCACAUGUGUUUUAACUGCAGCACAAUGUUCACACAGGUGUUUUAACUGAGGCAUAAUGUUCACACAGGUGUUUUAACUGAGGCACAAUAUUCCAUAUGUGUUUUAACUGCAGCACAAUGUUCCACAUAUGUUUUAAUUGCAGCAGAAUGUUCCACAUGUGUUUUAACUGCAGCACAAUGUUCCACAGGUGUUUUAACUGCAGCACAAUGUUCCACAGGUGUUUUAACUGCAGCACAAUGUUCCACAGGUGUUUUAACUGCAACACAAUGUUCCACAGGUGUUUUAACUGCAGCACAAUGUUCCACAGGUGUUUUAACUGCAGCACAAUGUUCCACAGGUGUUUUAACUGCAGUACAAUGUUCCACAGGCGUUUUAACUGCAGCACAAUAUUCCACAUGUGUUUUAACUGCAGCACAAUGUUCCACAUGUGUUUUAAUUGCAGCACAAUGUUCACACAGGUGUUUUAACUGCAGCACAAUAUUCCACAUGUGUUUUAACUAUCGCAAUAUUUCACAGGUGUUCUAACUGCAGCAUAAUGUUUUGCAAGGAUUAAACUGCAGCACAACCAGAGUUGUUACAAUCACGUUAAAUGUUUACUAAAAACAGCUGUAACAAAAGAGAGUAUAUUUGUUGGAACUGUGGGUGGGGGCGGGCAAAAAAUAGGCUAUUUAUUGUACCCCCCCCCCCACACACACACAAAAAAUCUGUUUUAUGCUAUUGGAAUUCUGGAGAACAUGUCGAAAACAAACAUUAAUCCUAACGCUAACCUAUCGUAGUCCUAAAUAAACAAUCCUAGGCCUAAUGUCCACAAUAUUAGGGCUAAUUUAGUCCAUAUGUGGUGUACUAGGCCUAGAAAACCUCAGCCUUUCUCAGAUCCUCUACAAAAAUUAUUAGUACAAAUGUGAACUUUUUUCACUUUUGUUGCACAGUCAUUAUAAGUACUGUCAUUUUGGACGCCAUUUUAAAUAAACCCCCCAAAAAGUCAAACUAGUUACUCUAAUGUUUAUGACAAAGUGUUGACCAGCUUCUCUAUCACCUUAAAGAGUUGUCUCCUGG